AUGCCAUCGAACACUACGUCAGCCCCACGCCCAGGCUCAUCUCGUAGGAGUGGGAAAGGGUCGGAGAAGAGAGGAGAUCAUGCUGGGGGGGCUGAUAGUGGUAACAAGUCAGAGCAGGGAGGGGGGAAGGGAGUGGAGAAGGGAGGGGAGAAUGGGGGUGAGAAGGGAGGGGAGAAGGGAGGGGAGAAGACAGUGGGGGCUGCCAGUGGAGAGAAGCAAAACGGGGAAGCCACUGGGGUUCCUACGUCUGCUCCAGUCGCUGCGUCGUGCUCCUGCCGGUCGCUUGCCCACCCCACCGUUCUGUGGCACCACCGGAUGGGGCACCCGUCCCUUCCUCGUCUGCGCGCUAUGUCUAGUCAGCGUCUUGUCCUAGGCCUCCCACGUGUCUUGCCGUCGCUGCUGCCUUCGCUUGCGCCGCCGUGUGGUCCCUGCGUCGAGGGUCGGCUGCGCGCCGCCCCUCACUCCUCCUCCCUUCGUCCGGCCACCGAGCCUUUUGAGACGCUUCACUUGGACGUCUGGGGCCCCGCCCCUCGUCUAGGCCCUGAGCGUGAGCGCUACUUUCUGGUGGUCGUUGACGACUUCUCCCGCUACACCACAGUGUUCCCUCUGGCGAAGAAGUCUGAGGUGACUUCUACGCUGAUCAGGUGGUUGCUCACCACCGAGGACACUCGUGGUCGUCGUGUCAGCUGCCUCCACUCCGACCGUGGGGGUGAGUUUCGCUCCGGCAUUCUCACUGGAUUCUGUCGCGAGCAGGGCAUUCGUCAGUCCUGGACGCUUCCAGAGUCCCCACAGCAGAAUGGGGUUGCUGAGCGCCGCAUAGGCCUGGUCAUGGAGAUCGCCCGCACCUCCCUGACUCACGCCUGUGCCCCCCAUUUUCUGUGGCCCUACGCGGUCAGGUACGCCGCGCACCAGCUGAACCUCUGGCCACGUGUCUCUCGACCAGAGGUUUCACCGACCAGUCUUUGGACAGGGUCCCCUGGUGUUGCGUCGCGGUUUCGUGUCUGGGGGUGCUUGGCUCUUGUCCGCGACACCUCCGUGGACAAGCUCUCGCCUCGUGCCGUCCCCUGUGUCUUCCUUGGUUUCCCUGAGGACUCCUGUGACUUCACCUUUUACCACCCUCCCUCUCACCGGUUAACUCCCGUGACGUCCGUUUCGAGGAGUCCACUCCGUACUACGUCAGGCUACCCCUCCUCCUUCGGUAGCCUCUCCGGUACAGCCUCCCUCCCCACAGUCCUCCUCGCAGCGUGCCGCAGGUGCUAG